UUAGCUUAUACCCUCAUAAUCUUUCUCAUUAAACCUUUUAACAAACUGAGUUUUAAGAGUUUAUUGUUCAAUGGGGAUCCCUGAAUCUCCUAGUCCACCUCACUUAUAUCCUCAAGCACUUCAACUUAAACUUUAUCAAGCUUUCAUCUUCUCAAUUCCAAUACUUUUUUCUAUAAUCUUGUUUCUUUUGUUUUACUUGUUUUAUCUUAAAAGAAGGGCUUCUACUGGUUCUAAUUCCCCUGCUCUAACACUUCCAAGGAGUUCAACUCAUGCUAUUAUUCAUGGUGAGGUAGAUAUAAAGGGGAUGCUCAAGAACAAGCUUCCUGUGAUAUUAUUUGAUGAAGAUUCAAUGAUCAGAGAUUCCCAGUGUUGUGUUUGCUUGGGAGAAUUUGAGAUCAAAGAAGAGUUGCAUCAGUUACCUUCUUGUAAACACAUUUUCCAUGUCGAAUGCAUACGCCAUUGGCUUCGUUCGAAUUUCUCUUGUCCUCUCUGUAGAUGCCAUGUUAUUAUUACAAGACAAAAUCCACAACCUCCACAGCAGCCAGCUUCUAAUCUUGGACAUAACAAUCAACUCAGAUUAGAUGAUGGAAAUUCCAAUAAUAACAACCCUCCAAAUAUAAAUGAAGAGGAAAGGGAACAACACGAUAGAACGAUUAACACAGCCAAUAUUAGCAGAGAAGAACAUCAUGUGGUGAUAAUUGAAGAAUUGUGUAGUGCUAGUUCAUCCUCUAGCACUGCUGAAAAUAGUGAAAGAGAUUCUUCUCAUGUAGAAACUCUUGUUAUCAGUAUUAAGGCCUAAUUUUGCUGCA